UAAUAAAUCGAGUCCAGUGAAGACCAAGAUGUUUGGUAAAUCCCCAAUGAAAAAGAAGAACUUAAAUGUCAAAAACAUAGCAGCAAGAUUUGAACGUGCUAUUCCCAGUCCAGUGGGUCGAAAACCUCAAAAACUCUGCGAGGAUACAGCAGUUCUUGAUGCCGAAAAUCUCAAGCCCACGGUUCAAAACUGCAGAGAUAUAACCCACGCGAGAGAGGUCCUCCAGACUGGUCUGAACGCAUCCCAAAAGCUAACGACGGGAAAUAAAAAGUGUCAUCUUUACAUAACUAUGCAACCAGUUGUCGAUGAUUCGAAGUUUGGAGAUAGAAUAUCAAUUUUGGAUAUGGCCAGUCUCGAAAAAGAAGAUAGCAUGCAAAACACUCGAGGAAAUGGAAGCAUCGCGUCUAAUAUGAAUCAAAUCGCUUCGGCGAAUAAUGCAGUGCUGAACUGCCUUAGAGUUUUGACUCGCAAUGCCAAAAUUUCCAAUCGUAAAGUAAACGGUGGACAUGGUAUCGUUGAUCAUGACGAUGACUACAGCGAGAUAUCGUCGGUUUCACGGGCGAAUCUUUCUACCAAUGACCAGAUGAAGCCUGUUCCAUUUCGACACCACAAAGUCACAAUGCUAAUGAAUUCGAUAAUUGAACAAAGUUCGUUCGUUAAUGUAACGCUUUUGGUGACAGCUUAUCCAGGACACGUCGACUUUCAGCAAAAGCGAAAUCUGUUGAAUGAGGUCGAGAAGUUGCAUGGGUCGACUCUCGUAGUCCAUGAAGAUGCCGAGAUGGCACGAGAGACAAUGAAUCUCAACAUCGGAACAAAAGUCGAUAAUCGAGUCAAACAACACAUGAAUUUCGAAAACAAAGGUGUGACGAUUGCCAGUGCCCCCUUCGAAGAAGAAAGUAGCUCAGACCCUCAUCCGUCUUCGAAAUCGAAUAGACGAAAAUUUCAAUCGCGAGACUCCACUAGGAAGUCGAUGAAUGUUGUACCCGGAGCACCAAGGAUGGCAAAAGUGGUUUCGGUACACAAUCCAAGAAGCACUUGUUCAUCUAAGAAGCCUAUUGCAUCAGCUAUUGUGCGAACAGAACCCGUGAAAAUGUCGAGAGGAAUUAAUUCGCGCGUAGAGGUAAUUUCCCAAUUUCCAAGGCAUGAGAUAGAGCAUCUUCCGUCAUCGGAAAAUCACAUGUCAGCUGAAACAUCGAUCCAACCAAGUGCAUCUGCUAUGGCCGAAGUCCAACAGCCUCGUUUGAAAUCGACAAAAAUGAGAGAAAAAGUUACUGACUUUCCAGGAGUACAUUUUUCCCAGAGCGCAGAAACUGAGUCAAGGGGAGAGCGGUACCCGAUCGCAACAAGAUCACCGAGAAAUAGUAGAAAUAGAAGGAAAGCGCUGUCUGUUGGUACAGAACAGGAGAACAGUCUGGAGCGUCGUGGAUGCAAAGCAAUGCUUGAUCCCGAACCAGAAGCAAAGCAGAAUUUUGAAAAGCUUAGACAAGAAGAGCUCAUAUCUCCUCUCGGUCGUUCUCGAUUAGAGAACUCCGAAUAUUCUACCACUGGAAACCAGGAUAAAAUUCAAGAUCAUUCUCAUACGGAAAUUACUGAAAAACAAUUGAAUGCGAAGGAAUUAUCACCAAAUUGGUUUGAGACAGGGUUCACGAAUUUUGACUCAAAGCCCGAGGACAAGAAAGAAAAUCCAACCAAGAAUCUUGAGGCAAAACUAAAGAAAGCACUCCAAGAGAAACAAGCGCUCGAGCAAAUUUGUACCCAGCUUGAAAAGGAAAAUGCAGAACUUAAAAACGCUGUACGUGAAGCGGGACGUAAGGCAUUGCAAUCAAAAUGGACUCAACAAGAUGAGGAAGAUUUUCAAGCAUCCAGAAGAUUGAGACAGGAAGCACAGAGCAAAAUCAAGCAUCCGAUCCAUGAACAUUUGGAAAGAGUGAAUUACAUUUACGAUAUAAAGAAUCAGUAUCUGAUGACGAACAAACAACAUUUUUCACUCUCCUUUCCAGAUCACUUUCAGCGUGCUCCUAUUCUCGACAUGCGCGACAAAAAUAAUGAAGAUACUGAAUUUUCAAAAUUCGAAACAAGCGAAAAGCAAAGAAAAGAGGAGACUGUCGUAAAAAACCCAGCAGUGGCGAACAACAGACGAGCAAGUUUGACCCAGGCUCGACUGUCCCCGCCGAAAAGGCUUCCGCCCCCCCCGGGAUUAACGGCUUUAAGAAGACUCACGGGCAAGACAUCACAGUAGUUGGAAUUAAGGAAAAUCAUCUGU